AGGCACAGCCGCUGAGGCUUGGUCGGCUCCGCGUAGGGGCUGCAGCCCGCGUCGGAGCCCGGGGGUCAGCGUCCGGCCGUCCGCGCCCUGCCCCUUCCCAGCGCCCGGGCCGACGAAAUGACCAUUAAGAAGUAGAUGCCCAGAUGCAAAAGUGAUGAAACAGUCAAUUUGUCAUAAACUAAGAUGCAACUGUGGCUUUUCAACCAGAUUAGAGCAAAAUUGUAUCUCUUUUUCUCAGAAGAUAAUUCCACAAGAGAAAACAGAAAUGAGAGGAAUCUGGUUUAAAUUGCAGUACAAGGACUUUAGAUUAGCCAUAAAGAGUUUCCAGAAAAUAAAGUACCAGAUAUUGAAGUGAUUUGAUGUCACUAAACCAAAAAAAGCCAUGGUGUUUUGAAGUAUGAUUAAAUUCCUGAUGCUGCAGCAGAGGCUAAGAACAUUAAUGGCCAGAUCUAGUGCUCACAUGGUCUUCUGAAGAAGCCAUGGGUAGCUGUUGUAGCUGUCCAGAUAAAGACACUGUCCCAGAUAACCAUCGGAACAAGUUUAAGGUCAUUAAUGUGGAUGAUGAUGGGAAUGAGUUGGGUUCUGGCAUAAUGGAACUUACAGACACAGAACUGAUUUUAUACACUCGCAAACGUGACUCAGUAAAAUGGCACUACCUCUGCCUGAGACGCUACGGCUAUGAUUCGAAUCUCUUUUCUUUUGAAAGUGGUCGAAGGUGUCAAACUGGACAAGGAAUCUUUGCCUUUAAGUGUGCCCGUGCAGAAGAAUUAUUUAACAUGUUGCAAGAGAUUAUGCAAAAUAAUAGUAUAAAUGUGGUGGAAGAGCCAGUUGUAGAAAGGAAUAAUCUUCAGACAGAAUUGGAAGUCCCCAGAACACCCCGAACCCCUACGACUCCAGGGUUUGCUGCUCAGAACUUACCUAAUGGAUAUCCCCGAUAUCCCUCAUUUGGAGAUGCUUCAUCCCAUCCUUCAAGCAGACAUCCUUCCGUGGGAAGUGCACGCCUACCUUCAGUGGGUGAAGAAUCUACACAUCCUUUGCUUGUGGCUGAGGAACAAGUACAUACCUAUGUUAACACUACAGGCGUGCAAGAAGAGCGGAAAAACCGCUCAAGUGUGCAUGUCCCAUUGGAGGCGAGGAUUUCUAAUGCUGAAAACAGCACACCCAAAGAAGAACCAAGUAGUAUUGAGGACAGGGACCCUCAGAUUCUUCUUGAACCCGAAGGAGUCAAAUUUGUCCUAGGACCAACCCCUGUUCAAAAGCAAUUAAUGGAAAAAGAGAAAUUGGAGCAACUUGGGAGAGAUCAAGUCAGUGGAAGUGGUGCAAAUAACACAGAAUGGGACACUGGGUAUGACAGUGAUGAACGAAGAGAUGUGCCCUCUGUUAACAAACUGGUGUAUGAAAACAUAAACGGGCUAUCUAUCCCCAGUGCCUCAGGGGUCAGGAGAGGUCGUCUGACAUCCACUAGUACCUCAGAUACCCAGAAUAUCAAUAAUUCAGCUCAGAGAAGAACUGCAUUAUUAAACUAUGAAAAUUUACCAUCUUUGCCUCCUGUUUGGGAAGCCCGCAAGCUAAGUAGGGAUGAAGAUGACCAUUUAGGACCAAAGACCCCAUCUCUAAAUGGCUACCAUAAUAAUCUAGAUCCAAUGCAUAACUAUGUAAAUACGGAGAAUGUAACAGUGCCGGCAAGUGCUCACAAAAUAGACUAUUCAAGGCGUCGGGACUGUACACCGACAGUCUUUAACUUUGAUAUCAGACGCCCGAGUUUAGAACACAGGCAGCUCAAUUACAUACAGGUUGACUUGGAAGGUGGCAGUGACUCUGACAACCCUCAGACUCCAAAAACACCUACCACUCCCCUUCCACAAACCCCUACCAGGCGCACAGAGCUGUAUGCUGUGAUAGACAUCGAGAGAACUGCUGCUAUGUCAAAUUUGCAGAAAGCACUGCCACGAGAUGAUGGUACAUCUAGGAAAACUAGACAUAAUAGUACUGAUCUGCCUAUGUGAGCCUGGAAAGCAUUACAUUGUGUGCACCUUUGUGAAGUUUUUAAAGAUGAAGAUGCAAGUGCUUCAUUUUCAUUUCUAAACACUAACUCCUUUUAUAAACUGAUAAAAAAAUUUUUUCUGAAUAUUUCAUGUGCUUCUUUAAAGGGAAUUAAUGUAGAGCAGGUACUCAUAAAGAACACUAAUUUCAUUAUAUACUUCUCAUUAUUGUACAGCAGCAUUCCCAUUUUCACAGUGCCUAUUUAAAAUGAAAGUUGAAGUGAGUGACAUGUUGGUUGAUUUUUAUCAAUAUUCUGGACUUAUGCAUAUCAUGUCUAAGUCAUGGUUGGCAUUUUAAACAUUUUAUACAGACUCUUGAUAAUGUGCAUUGCUAACAGGUAACUCUAGGCUUUGAAAGUAAUAAUCUGUAGAUUCACUAUUCAUGGUAUGUGGCCUCCAGCAUGUAACAUGAGGAAUCUUUUACUUCAUUAAUUAUAGACUUUUUGACUUGAGCCAAAACAUUAUGUUAAGGAAAUAGAAGUUCCACACCUCCUGCUAUACCAGUCAGUUCCUUUGCCUGCAGUGGUAUUAAAAAGUACUAUGUCGUGAAUAUGCUGUUGGUGUGUUGAAAGGCAGGGAGGAGACUAGAUUUUCUGUUUACUCAUCUCAUGAUGUCAUUUGAAGGGCAUGCCUAAAUAACUUAAUCAGAAUUAAAAUAGGCUCAAGAAUCAGUCUCAGGUCACUUUACCCCCCCAAAAAAAUUGAAAAUCUGAAUCUUAAAAGGUUCUCACCAAUAGAUGAUUACCAAUAACAUUGUUUUCUGGAGGCAUUUGUGCCAUUAGGUUUCUAUUUACCUUCAGUUUUUUUCUUUGGUGUUUGGGAUGUCUUACUUUGUUGCUUAAUGUCUUUUUCAACUUAAAAUGUUUGAGUUUGUAUAUAGUUUUGCAAUUGGAUUAUGUGUUCAUUGUUGUUUAGUUUGCAUUUUUGUCAAAUUGUGAUUUUGAAGGUUCAUUUGGAACUUACUGUUAUUUUAUAACAGGGUUGCCCUUGUCCAGUAUUUAUUUAUGUGCUGUUUACUUUUCAAGUUGAUAAAAGCAUUCUCUCAAUUUUUAAAUUCACGUGUGUCCAUAGGUGAUCUCUUUAGCAGCUGAGAAAAAAAAAAAAAGGAAGCUACUUUUCACAUGCAAAGUUCCCUGAAGGUACUUUCGUCUCUGUGGGCACUCUCCCCAGCACUUUAGCGGUAAUUCCCUCAGUCACGUGGCUGCGUUCACACUCUACCCGCUGCGGUGCUCCUAGACUCUGCUGUCCUUCACCCAUAGCUGGACCUUUAAUUACUCUUUGAUGUCAAUAGAAUGUUAAGAUUGUUGCCAGCAUAGCAGGUACAGUGGAAGUCUUGUAGCAAUGAGAUUGUGUCAUAAUUUAGGGUUUAAAAUGAAUUGAAGUUUAUAUGAACUGAUGGGAUUCCAUAUAUCUGACUCUUGGAAAAUCAAGAAUGUUCCCAUUUCCCAAAUGCUAGAGAAGACAAGAGAAGGUAGAGUGAAAAGAAGGGCAGGUAAUCUUGUGAAAUAUUUUGCUGUUUUCUCUAAAUAUGAGGAAGUUUGAGAUUAUGAUCUGGAUCUACCAGAUAUAAUUAAGGUUAAGUUAGCAUGAAAAGUUUCAGUCAUAUAGCAUCCAACUUUCAGUAAAUAGCUUAAUUAUAGGAUGGUAGGUGGAUUAGCAGAACAAUAGAGUGGGACCAUUAUAAAGAAAAUAAAUUAUUAAAGAUGUCUUUAUCAUUUUCAGUGCCAUUCGUUUAUGUGCAUAGCAGAAUUUUUUUUCCUGUGAACUUGGUGCUUACUAAAGUGUUCACUAUUCUCUAAAAAGAGAGCAAAGGUAUAGGUUUUGGAGUUUCCAUUUUUAACAUAUUGUUCCAUUUAUGCUUUCUUCUGAGUAGAUUGCUAAUUGUGCCAAAUUUAUGUGAUGAUAUUUAUAAUGUGGAAUUAAGAAUUAGGAUGAAACCAGUACAUAUGUUUUUUUUCUGGGAAAAAAAAAAAAAGCAGUCAAGACAGAACAUUGACCUCCAAAUGAAAGGGCUGACCUGUUUAUUCAUUUUGGAGAUUGGAUAUUUUAUUUUCUUCUUUUCCUCAUUCUUUUCAUUUCCCCCUCCAGAGUCUAAUUAAUUUUUAAACUUUUUAGGUAACUCCAGUAUAAUCACUACAGUUUAUGCUUUAAAUACUAUGUGCUUUAAAAAUGAAAAUGGGACCAAUUUGUCUGCUAAGAAUUUGAAUUUAGGUACUAUGAGUAUUAGGAAAAUAUGUACAACUGGUGUUAAUUUCUAGAUGCCUUCUGGAAAUCACCUUUGUUCCUAUUUAAUAAAAAAGUAAUGUAGAAUACUACUUGUCCUUUGCAGUAGUUUAGUAGUGGGCAUUAAGCUCUGUCCUGGAAGAAUGUACCUAUUACUAGGUACAUUUUAGAAUGAGAUAUUUUUAUUGGCAUAUGAUUGUGGCCAUAUGUUUCAGAUUUUCUGAGACAGACCUAAUUUUAGAUAUAUUGUUUUGUUGAUAGACCAUGUGAUCCCACAUUUUGGUUUUGAAAUAUAAUCUUUGUUCAUAUGUUUUUCCCCCAAAUAGAAUCCUCUUUUGUCCAUAUAGAGCAUAACAGCCUUUAUCGCACACCAGGGUUGGAAACUGAUAUGGGUAUAUUACCUGUGUUUUCUCUCUUAGUGUAUUUCAUUUCCCAGUUUCAUCUUUAAAAAUGAAAAUAUGGUGCCUUCCCUCCCUCCAAGAAGAUUGGCAAAUAGUUCCUUUUAUUUACUGCUGCUGUGGAGUGAUGAGAUAUGCACUUUACUCUUGAAGACUCAGCAAAAAGCUUUUCACUUCCCAGUAUAUCCAGAAAAGAUCACACUUGGGACUUUGAAAAUUUGCCAAGCAAUCUUUGUUUAUAUAUAUAUAUAUAUAUAUAUAUAUUAAUGUUGACCCCACAAUUCAAUGUUUUAAGUCAAGCUAGUGUUUGUUUAUCCCUCCCCUCCUCUACAAAAAAAAAAUUGUGGCACAACAUAUAAAAAUGUACCUCAAUAAUGUUCUAUUCAAAAUGGGACAGGGGCCUUAUGUUUUCAUAAUUUUUCAAUAAUGUGCCACCACCAUAUUUUUGCCUCAAGGUAAAGGUUUUAACAAGCUAAAAAGUACUUCCCACUUCUUCCUGUGCUGUUCCUAACCUAUAGCGCCCAAGUGUUUUGUGCAAUGUGUAGUGUGUAUGUGUAAAAACACGUACAUGCAUACAUAUACAAUAUAGAUGUGUAUCUCUUUGGAAUAGAUAUACCAUCAGACUAAUCCAGAAGUAACUAAUGUAUUGGCAUCUCACUCAUAUUUCUGAUAUGUGAGGUAUAUGGUACUAAUUACCUUUCCCUGAUGUUUGCCAAAUUUGAAUAAAGGCAUUGGUACGAAUUUACAGAAUGUAUAGAAAAUGUUUUUUGGCUUGAAAAAUUAACAAAUACUCUGAAAUGCGACAGUAUACUCCGCCCAAACCAGCACCGUAUCUACUUUUCCUUUUCUUUACAUCCCUAUUCCCUAUCCUUACUUCCUCAUUUUGGGGGGUAUAACAAUUCUUUUGUAGCAUCAUUACAAUUGCAAUUCUAUGAUAAUUGGACAAUAAGAGCAUGGAAAUGGACUGGUAUUAAUAGUACAGUAGUCACCGGUGUGCCACAUUUGCAUUAGUAAAUGCAAAAUAUACAUUUUAUAAAGGACAAAUUUUGUGUUAUGUUUUUAUUUGCAUUACAUUGUAUAAUAUUGUAAGAUUAUUGUAUGUCCUAAUUUACAUUAUAAAUGUUUUUUUCCUACAUAAAGGCAUAAAUAUAGCAACUUUGUAUAAAGGUAGCUUAUUAGAUUUUUAAUUUUUUCUUUUAUAAAAAAUUGUCUAACAGUGGGACUACCAUUGCCAAAUUGUAUAUGAAAUAUGAAUUUUACCCCCUAUGGUUAAUUUCUUUUAUAAACAUUCCAUAUUUCUCUAAUAAAAGACAAAAGUGAUACUGUACUAUGCAUAAAUUGUAUUUUAAUGCUGUUUCCUAUCAGCAUUUAAAAUUCUGGUUUGCAUUUUUAAUAUUGGCAAAAUUUACCACUGUUGAUUAAAACCUUGUUGUAUAUGUAACAACAUCUUUUACCUUCUAUACCUCCCUAUCCUUUGUUCUCUAUUUCUCCCUAUCAGUGCCAACUUCAUACAUUUUGUAGCAUGGCAAUAAAAUAUAACUUUUACACUAAGGCCGAGUGUGGCUUUUUGGAGGAAGUGGAGAUGGGAGGAUUGCCCUCUAGUUGUUCCUUGCAUCUGAUUAUUUUUGCCAUAUAAGCCAUGUCUCCAGGCAUGAGACGUUAUCUUAUAUAUGGUGUAAACAUGCUUUUAAGGACAAGUGUGAAUGUGCUUUUGAGCUUAAUUUUUGUCAUAACAGAUAAGAACUAAUUUUUUAUCUUUGGAAAAGUCAGAGUUCUUGAAUACAAUCAAACCUUUAUUAACUGGAGUACUUAAAGAAUAAGCUAGUAAUUGAAUAUAGUUCAACAAGGGCUAAGCAACACAUUUUUAAAAUCUUAUUUAUUGUAGAGUGUUACUAUACUGACCGAAAAAAAUAUAUGUAAAAUAUGGUUUAAUCUUAGAUGAUUUAGGAUCUUUCAAUGCCUUACUACUGUCAUUCUGGCAUAAAUUUCUAUGAUGAGGUACUCAAGUUGAUACUGGAAGCUGAGCUGACUAUACACUGACCUUAAGCAUUCAUGAAAAACUGCUAUGUUGAAUAAAAUCUGAUUGGCGUUCUUAUGGUUACUCUCCCCUUAUUGCUGAAAGUAGAUUGCAAUAAAACCCCAAUAAAAGUUUGGUUGGA